UUUUUCCGAAGUUUCGUCUGUCUUAUAAGUAAUAACACGCCUACGGGAAGGAUCUUUCUUAUAGUUUUGUUUUGUUUCUUAUAUUUAGCUUUCAAAAGAUACACUAACUUGGAAAUAUCUGCUUUUAAUCGGUUUGAACUCCUUUAAACAUUCCUAUCUCCCUCAGCUCGUCUCUCAUGGCGUCUCCAUCUUGCUUUACGUCUCGCAACUACAAAUUUAACGUCUUCUCGAGCUUCCACGGGCCUGAUGUCCGUAAAACACUUCUCAGUCACCUGCGUGAACAGUUUAAACGCAACGGGAUCACUAUGUUCAAUGAUCAAGAGAUUAAGAGAAGCGCAAUGAUCUCCCCUUCACUCAAAGAAGCUAUAAAAGAAUCGAGGAUCUCGAUUGUGAUUCUCUCCAAGAAAUAUGCUUCGUCAAGCUGGUGUUUGGAUGAGUUGGUGGAGAUACUGGAAUGCAAAAAAGCUAGGGGACAGAUGGUGAUGACCAUCUUCUACCAAGUGGAGCCGUCUGAUGUACGAUAUCAAACAGGCGAUUUUGGGAUUGCUUUCAAUAAAACUUGUGCACGUAAGACAAAUUACAAGGAAAAGAAGAAAUGGAGCAGAGCUUUGAAAUAUGUGGGAAACAUUGCUGGAGAAGACUUCAAAAAUUGGAUUAAUGAAGCAAAAAUGAUCGAGAAGAUUGCCAAAGAUGUUUUAGAUAAACUAAAUGCUACACCAUCUAGAGAUUUUGAUGGCAUGGUGGGACUUGAAACUCACUUGAGAGAAAUAGAGUCUUUGCUAGAUUUAGAUAAUGAUAGAGUUAAAGUAGUUGGAAUCUUUGGUCCUGCAGGCAUUGGUAAGAGUACUAUUGCUAGAGCUUUACAUAGUCGACUCUCUAAUAGGUUUCAGCUUACUUUUUUUGUGGACAACCUUAGGGAAACCUACCCCACUGGUCUUGAUGAGUACGGUUUAAAGUUGCGUUUACAAAAACAAUUUCUUUCAGAUAUUUUAAACCUAGAUGAUAUAAAAAUUUCCAAUUUAUGUUCAAUAAAGAAUAGGUUAAGGGACCAGAGAGUGCUUAUUAUUCUCGAUGAUGUGAACAAUAUAAAGCAAUUAGAGGCUUUGGCUGGAAAUAUUGAUUGGUUUGGUCCUAGAAGUAGGAUUAUAGUGACCACAGAAAAUCGAGAGCUUUUACAACAACAUGGUAUCCAUGAACCAUACCCUGUAGUUUUUCCAUCUGAUAAAGAUGCUGUGGAAAUCUUAUAUAGAUAUGCUUUUAGACAAAGCUAUCCACAUGAUGGUGUUAAAGUGUUUGCUGAAAAGAUAACAAAGUUGUGUGGCAAUCUUCCGUUGGCUCUACGUGUGGUGGGUUCAUCUCUAUGUAGGAAGGAGGAGGACGAAUGGAAAGAUGUAAUGUGCAGGCUAGAAACUAUUCUUGAUCGAGAUAUUGAAGAAGUACUAAGAGUUAGUUAUGAGAGUUUACAAGAGAAUGAGCAAUCUCUCUUUCUCCAUAUUGCAGCCUUCUUUAACUACGAAUUUGGUGAUCUUGUAAAAGCCAUGUUUUCUGAGAUCUUGGAAGUCAAUGGAGGAUUGAAGAUCCUAGUCAAUAGAUCUCUCAUCGAGAUAUCUACAUAUGGCGAAAAAAUAAAGAUGCACAGAUUACUACAACAAAUGGCUAUCCAAACCAUUAAGAAACAAAAGCCUUGGAAACGCCAAAUCUUAAUGGAUGCUCAUGGGAUUUGUGAUGUUCUCCAAAAUGAAAGAGUUACUACAGAUGUGUCCGGGAUAUCAUUUGAUAUAUCAAAAAUCGAUGAAGUAUUUAUUAAUGAGAGAGCUUUCAAAAGAAUGCCAAAUCUUCGAUUCCUUAGAGUUUACCAAGAAAAAUAUGAUGAGAACAAAAUAAUCUCUAUACCAAAUGAGAUGGAGUUUCCGAGUAGUUUAAGGUUACUACAUUGGGAGGCAUAUCCAAGCAAUAGUCUUCCUCAUAGAUUUCAUCCUGAAUAUCUUGUUAAAAUUGAUAUGAAGGACAGUAAGCUCGAGAAGCUCUGGGAAGAGAUCCAGCCACUCCCAAACCUCAAAAGGGUUGAUUUGAGAGGUUCCUAUUAUUUGAAGGAACUCCCGGAUCUUUCAAAGGCUACAAACCUCGAGACAUUGGAACUGGAUUAUUGUGAGGAUUUGGUAGAGCUUCCAUCCUCAGUUUCGAAUCUUCAUAAACUAAAGAAGUUAGGGAUGGAGUCCUGCACAAAACUAGAGCUCAUUUCAACUAACUGGAACUUAGCGUCUCUUCCACAUUUAAACAUAUCGAAUACGAAUAUCACAACAUUCGGUAUAUCAGUUACAGACGUGGCAUCAUCAACCAGCCCUCAGUUUCAUCUUGAUAGACUCAUUAGUCUCAGAUUACGCAGCAACGCAAAGCUCAAGACACUAACACAACUGCCCGCGAAUAUAUUUUCUCUAGACCUAAGCUAUGCUGGUAUUGAAAGUAUGUCAGAUUGCUGCAUCGAAAGUCUUCAUGGGUUACAAACACUUGAGCUUUGUGGCUGCAGAGAACUCACAUCACUGCCAGAACUCCCUCCUUCUCUCGAAUUCCUAGAUGCAACCAACUGUGAGUCACUUGAAAACGUAUUUAGCCUUUUUGGUAUUCCAGAUGGGCGCCUCAACUUCGCCAACUGCUUCAAAUUGGGCCGACAAGCGCGAAGGUCAAUCAUCCAACAACGAUUUAUUCAAUAUGGGUCAUCGUUCUUACCCGGGAGAAAAAUACCUACGAAGUUCAAACACCGAGCCAAUGGAAAUACAUUGAGCUUUUACGUUUCCGCUUUCUCCAGUUAUAAGGUUUGCCUCCUUAUUUCCCCUAAGAGAUCCAAACAAACUUUUGAUAUUCCCCAGGUGAACUGUCGUCGGAUUAGCAACGACCACUUGUUCCGCAUCCGAGAGGUUAGGUUUUAUAAUAUCUCCAAGUGCAAAAAGACACAUUUGUUUGUAUUUCACUCAGACUCGCUUCACAGAGAUGAUUUUGAAGUGGACAGAGAGAUAGUGUACGAAUUCACCAGCAACAUGGGAAACUUCGACGUUAUUGCAUGUGGUGCACAGAUCUUGUCGGAGGAAAUCAGUGGGGGGUCUGGCGAUGAAGCGUCAGACGACGAUGAAUCUGAAUCUGUAUCUUCUAGCGAAACUUGCCAAAAUAAUGAUGAUAACAAUAGAAACGUCGUCGAAAACGGGUUCUCUCGAGCAAUAAGGGCAGCAAUAGGUGAUGUUUGGAGACCAAAACCAAGAGGAUGAUGAUGAUGAUGAUGAUGAUGACAAAGGUUUGUAACAUAAACGAAUUGUAUACAUUUGUUGUUUUUUGGAAUUAAUAAUAAUCGAUGUAAUUAUUUCGUGUUUG